AUGGCGCAAGAAACACCAUCCCUAUCCCAACACCCACCAUCCCAAACAAUCCCCGAAUCCGCCUCCCCCUCACUCCUCACAGCUCCAGAACCAAUCCACUACGAAGAGCCUCUCUACACUGAAAUCCGAAUUCCGCUACCACCAAUUCCUCAACGCCCUUCCUCAACCCCAGCCUCGAAAUCUCGACACCGCGCGCACACGCUUUCCUCGCUAUCGCCAUUCCAUCGGCGGCGGCCAUCCAGCCCGGAAAAGGCGGGGCCGGGUUCGUGUGAGUCUCCGGCUGCGGCGAUGAUGAAGAGCUUGACGGUGGGGAGGAAGCGGAGCGGGACGGUUGAUGCGCUGGCGGUUGUGCCAGCAGUGUUAGUGCUGAGUGCGGAGUUGUUUACACCUGGGCAAGAAGGAGGAAAGAAGGGUGUGGGGAGGGAUGGGGUUGUGACGUGA